UUAACCUAGAGUUGUUGGCACAUGUUGAAUUAAUAUUGCGUCUCUCCAUUCUUCGGGGGGGGGUAAAAGUACCUCUGGCCCUUUAAGGUCGGCCUCUCCCCAUUCUCCGGCCUAACUCCCCUAGACCCCUUCCGCGGAUUUAGACUCCAGGUCGGUUUAGGACAUUCUCUCAGGCUCCACCCAACGUCAAUCAAAACCCAGAAACGCCAAGGGCUAAAAUCUAGGCUGCUAAGCAACGGCAGAGGGCGGGAAGUUUGAAAGUUAUGGAGCCGCCCCCUAAUGCAAACGGACCAAUCAGCACCCAGACUCUUCUACGACUUCGGUCCACGCCUUCUCGCCCUAUUAGAGCUCUGGAGCGCGCACGCACUGCCCCCCGCCCCUUGCGUCGGCCGCACUUCCCUCAGGUUUAGGCGUCUAGUCGGUGAGACGGUCGCUGGCUGCUUGCGACCCCGCUGACGAAAAAGGCGGGAAAACACCGCGAGUUGGCGGCAGUAUUGGGUGAGGGGACAAGAGCGUGAGGCUGUGAAGGGAAGUGUGCUGGGCAAAAGCAGAGAGAGCCGCCAAGCACAUGGCCUCCUGUGCUGCGACCCCCUGUGCCACCCCUCAGGGACUGGGACCCAGGGCGGCCCCUGCCGGCCUCCCCAGCCUGGACCCCGCGCCGGACCCAGAGGAAGCCGAGGACGAAGGCGAGGAGCCGGCUGAGAUCCAUCUGUGCGUGCUGUGGAAUUCGGGACACCUGGGCAUCGCCUACUAUGACACCAGUGACUCCACCAUCCACUUCAUGCCAGAUACCCCAGACAGUGAGAGCCUCAGGCUCCUCCAGAGAGUUUUGGAUGAAAUCAAUCCCUGUUCUGUUGUUACAAGUGCCAAACAGGAUGAGAAUAUGACUCAUUUUCUAGGGAACCUUGCCUCCCAGGAACAUAGAGAGCCAAAGAAACCUGAAAUCAUAUUUUUGCCAAGUGUGGAUUUUGGUCUGGAGAUAAGCAAGCAGCGCCUCCUUUCUGGAAACUAUGCCUUCAUCCCAGAGUCUAUGACAGCCACUGAGAAAAUCCUCUUCCUUUCCUCCAUCAUUCCCUUCAGCUGCCUCCUCACAGUUCGGGCACUUGGAGGGCUGCUCAAGUUCCUGGGUCGAAGAAGAAUCGGAGUUGAACUGGAAGACUAUAAUGUCAACGUCCCUAUCCUGGGCUUUAAAAAAUUUGUGUUGACGCAUCUUGUGAGCAUAGAUCAAGACACUUACAGUGUUCUGCAGAUAUUUAAGAGCGAGUCUCAUCCUUCAGUGUACAAAGUGGCCAGUGGACUGAAGGAGGGGCUCAGCCUCUUCGGAAUCCUCAACAGGUGCCGCUGUAAGUGGGGAGAGAAGCUGCUUCGGCUGUGGUUUACACGACCGACUCAGGACCUGGAGGAACUCAAUUCCCGUCUGGAUGUCAUUGAAUUUUUUCUGCUGCCCCAGAAUCUGGACAUAGCUCAUAUGCUGCAUCGUCUCAUGAGUCACAUCAAGAACGUGCCUCUAAUUCUGAAACGCAUGAAGUUGUCCCAUACCAAGGUCAGUGACUGGCAGAUUCUCUAUAAGACCAGCUCAUCUGAGACAGGGACUGAAUCUUCGCUCUUUGUAGCCGCAACUGUGUACAGUGCCCUGGGCCUGAGGGACGCAUGCCGCUCCCUGCCCCAGUCCAUCUGGCUCUUCCGGGCCAUUGCCCAGGAGUUCUCCGAUGACCUGUACCACAUCGCCAGUCUCAUUGGGAAAGUGGUGGACUUUGAGGGCAGCCUUGCUGAGAAUCGCUUCACCGUCCUCCCCAACAUUGAUCCCCAAAUUGAUGAGAAAAAACGAAGACUGAUGGGUCUCCCCAGUUUCCUCACUGAAGUUGCUCGGAAGGAGCUGGAGAAUCUGGACGCUCGUAUUCCUUCAUGCAGUGUCAUCUACAUCCCUCUGAUUGGCUUCCUUCUUUCUAUUCCCCGUUUGCCCUUCAUGGUGGAGGCCAGUGACUUUGAGAUUGAGGGACUGGACUUCAUGUUUCUCUCAGAGGAGAAGCUGCACUAUCGCAGCACUCGGACCAAGGAGCUGGACGCACUGCUGGGGGACCUGCACUGUGAGAUCCGGGACCAGGAGACCCUGCUGAUGCACCAGCUGCAGUGCCAGGUGCUGGCGAGGGCAGCUGUCUUGACCCAAGUGUUGGACCUGGCCUCCCGACUGGACGUCCUGCUGGCUCUCGCCAGCGCUGCCCGGGACUAUGGCUAUUCCAGGCCCCGCUAUUGCCCCCAACUCCAUGGCGUGCGAAUCCAGAAUGGGAGACACCCUCUGAUGGAGCUGUGCACCAGAGCCUUCGUGCCCAACUCUGCCGAGUGCAGUGGGGACACAGGGAGAGUCAAAGUCAUCACCGGACCCAACUCCUCAGGGAAGAGCAUAUAUCUUAAGCAGGUGGGCUUGAUCACAUUCAUGGCCCUGGUGGGCAGCUUUGUGCCGGCGGAAGAGGCCGAAAUUGGAGCAGUAGAUGCCAUCUUCACCCGAAUUCACAGCUGCGAGUCCAUCUCUUUGGGCCUCUCCACCUUCAUGAUAGACCUCAACCAGGUGGCGAAAGCAGUGAACAAUGCCACCAAGCAGUCGCUGGUCCUUAUUGACGAAUUCGGAAAGGGAACCAACACGGUGGACGGGCUCGCGCUUCUGGCUGCCGUGAUCCGACACUGGCUGGCACUGGGACCGACCUGCCCCCACAUCUUUGUGGCCACCAACUUCCUGAGCCUUGUUCAGCUACAGCUGCUGCCCCAGGGGCCUCUGGUGCAGUAUCUGGCCAUGGAGACCUGUGAGGAGGGGGACGACCUUGUCUUCUUCUAUCAGGUCUGCGAAGGCGUUGCCGGUGCCAGCCAUGCCUCCCACACAGCUACCCAGGCUGGGCUUCCUGACAGACUCACUGCCCGUGCCAAAGAGGUUUCGGACUUAAUCCGCAGUGGAAAACCCAUCAAACCUGUCAAGGAGCUGCAGAAGCAGAACCAGAUGGAAAAGUGUCAAACACUGGUGGAUAAGUUUCUGCGGCUGGAUUUGGAAGAUCCCAGCCUGGACUUGGACAUUUUCAUGAGCCAGGAAGUUCUGCCUGCUGCCACCACUAUCCUCUGAGUCCUUCCUCUGCCCUCCAGCGCUGAGACCCCAGGGGCUCCGUGCCCAUUUGGUGUCCUUAUCCCCUUCAACCCCCUCAGACCCAAAGUUUGGCUUAUUAUUAGGAAUAAAGCCUAUUUUGGAUAGCUAAUGUUUCCCUAGGCCACCCAAAACAGAACAGGGGAUCGGAUGCACUGAAAUCCCAAGUGGAAGCCUACAGGGCAGGCUGGAGGGGGCUAAGCCCAGAGUGCUUGCUUGGCAUGCACCAGGCCCUGGGUUUGGUCCCCACUACUGCAGACAGACAACAGAGAACAGUGACACUUCCACCACCUGCCUCACAAGUGCAAGGUCCCGAGUUCCAUCCCUGGUACCAAAAAACAAAAAAAAACAGUGACACUACCCAGGGAGACCCUCGGGAAGGCCCUAGGAAUCAGAUGAAAGGGCAGAGGGACUCUUCAGCAGGGACACCCCAGCCUCAGACCCUGGGAAGGGCCAGCCCUGCGCUCCACCCUCCCCACCUCAGAGCCUCGGGGGUCACCCCUGGCACAGGCUCCCUAGAGUUCUGCUGCUGGGGACAAGCCGCCAAGACCCAGUGGCCCAGAGCUCCUUCCUUUGGGUAUCAGGCCAGCAAGAGGUCUCGGGGAAGCCCGCUCCCCUAGGUCUGCCCUGUGCUUCCGCUGAACUGGAGGACCGAGUCUUUGCCACCUCCCCGUGCCCUCCAGGGCCUCAGGGGCGAGUCUGGGCUCACAGUGACCAGCCGGGGAACUCAGCCAAGGCCCUGGGACAGUCACCUCUGCCUCCUGCUCCGGCAAUGCAGAGGAUGCAGCCCCUGGAGAGACAGCAGGACACCCUGUGGCAGGGGCUGGAGCUGCUGGAGCGCAACCAGGCCCGGUUCCCAGACUUUCUGAGGGAGGCUCAGCUUCAGCAGCUGCGUCUGGGGGCCCUGAGAGGGGUGGGGGCUGGCCCUGUGCGGACGGAGGGGAGAUGGGUGGCAACAGUGGAACUGAAGGGAGGCUGCCAGCACUAGACUGGUGCUCACUUGGCAGGAGGAGGCCAUUCAGAUGGAUGAACAGACCGGGAUCAUCCGCGGAGAGUAGGGAGGCCCAUUAAGGACAGGGAACUGCAGGGUCAGCUGGGGCUGGGGCUGGGGCCAGGUAGAGGGGUGGUCAGCUAGAAUUUCCUAACAGAUUCAUGCCCAGAGCCCUGCGGCCUCCAGUUAGCCCAGAUCCACAAGGUGAACGACUGUUUGCAGAAUCUGAUCCAAGGCA